AUGGUUUUAUCAUUGGCCCACGUUUUCGUGGGGCUACUGAAACCAAGCAGAGCUCAAACAGAAAUUACUCACUUUGUUCAAAGACCGCCAUCUAGUCGUAAAAUAGAAGAAAUUGAUAAGCAAGUAAUCAAAAUGAUCGCUAAAGGACACCAUGCACUACGUAUGGUAGAGGAGCCAGAAUUUAGAGAAUUAAUUAGAAUGGUAUCUCACUGCCCAAAUUACGAGUUACUGUCUAGGAAAAAACUUUCUGAGUCAUUGCUCAGCAAAAUAUAUAAUGAAUAUACAGAAAAGAUAAAAAUCAAAUUGAAUAAAGCACAAGCUGUGUGCGUCACUACUGAUGCAUGGACAUCCAGAAAUAAUGAGAGUUAUAUUGCUCUAAUGGCCCACUAUAUUGAUGAUAACUCUAAACUGUGUUCUUCGACAUUAGGUUGUAUUCAAUAUACUGAAAGGCAUACUAGUGAAAAUCUAUGUACAUUUCUCAAAGAAACUAUGAACCAUUGGCAGAUUUCUCAUAAAAUUGUUGCUGUAGUGAGCGACAAUGCACCAAAUAUUAUUUCGGCUAUAAGAAUGGGUAAUUGGCGAUCGAUAGGCUGCUUUGCACACCUUAUAAAUUUAGUUGUACAAAGAGCUACAGAACAAAUAUCAGAUACGUUAGUGAAGGUUAAGUCUAUUGUCGAGUAUUUUAAAAGGAGCUCCCAAGGUCUGCAUAAAUUGCAAGAGUCCCAACGACAAAUGAAUCUGCCACUAUUAAAAUUAAAACAGGAUGUCCCAACUCGAUGGAACUGGACAUAUGAGAUGUUAGAUAGGGUGGUUACAAUAAAAGAUGCUGUAAUUACAACAAUAGCACUAACGCGAAAUGACCUUUCGCUACAACAAGAGGACUGGUCUAUUAUAGAGGAAGUUCUACCUCUGCUUCUUCCAUUCUAUGAGGUGACAACAGAAAUUAGUGCAGAGAAAAACGUCACUCUAUCAAAAGUUAUUGUUAUGUAUAAAAUGAUAGAGAGAAUACUUGCAAAAAGUUCUGCAAACCACUCUAAAGUGCAAGCAGUUCUAGAGGUUUUGAAGAAAGAAAUGAAUGCCAGAUUUCAAAAUAUAGAGAACAACAUCUUGUUUGCAGAAUGCACUGUUUUGGAUCCAAGAUUCAAAAAACGUGGUUUCAAAAAUGCAGACUGUUUUGAAAAAGCAGUACAAGGACUGAGGAAUAAAGUUGGUUCUGGUCAAAUACCUCAUAAAAAUGAAGCAAAUGAUUCAUUUGACGGAAACGGCCCGCCAUCAGCACCUCCAACAUCAACAAAAAGCAUAUGGGAGGAGUAUGACGAAACAGCAGGCCUGAAAAUAAAAAAGUAG